CCCACCUCGGCCGAGCAGCCGCGGCCGCCGGGGCCGCGGGGCCGAGCGGCCAAGGGGCCCUGGGCCGGCGCCUCGGCCGAGCUCUCGCUGGAGCCGCCGCUGCUGGGCUGCCGCGACAUCCGCGAUGUCAGCGGCGUGCAGUACCUGGGCUCGGGCUACACCAAGGCUGUCUACAAGGCGGUGCUCAACCGCACGCUGGCCGUGGCGCUGAAGGCGGUGGACUUCGGCGGGCACGACAUCGCGCACUGCGUGCGGCAGUUCUCCGCGCUGGGGGACUGCUACCGCCUGGCCGCCUACAAGAUCGUCAAAGAGAUGAUCCUGCUGCAGCGGCUGCGCCACGCCAACGUGCUGCAGCUCUAUGGCUAUUGCUACCAAGACAGCAAUGACAUCCCAGACACACUGACGACCAUCACUGAGCUGGGCUCGCCUUUGGAGAUGAUUCAGCUUUUACAGACUUCCUGGGAAGACAGAUUUCGGAUAUGUCUCAGCUUAGUUCGGCUUCUGCAUUACUUGGCUCACUCUCCUCUUGGCUCGGUGACAUUACUGGAUUUUCGCCCUCGGCAGUUUGUGAUCGUGGAUGGGGAGCUGAAGGUGACAGAUCUGGAUGAUGCCAGCGUUGAGGAGAGCUCUUGCACCAGUAACAGCGACUGCUUCAUGGAGUUCCCUGCCAGAAACUUCACCCUGCCCUGCUCGGUUGAGGGGCGGUGCCAGAGCAUGAACGAGAAGAGGAAUCUCUACAAUGCCUACAGGUUUUUUUUUACCUAUCUUCUUCCACACAGUGCUCCAUCCUCACUGAGACCAUUACUGGAUAAGAUAGUGAAUGCAACAGGAGAACUUCACUGGGGAAUAGAUGAGACAGCUGCUCAGCUGGAGAGAGUUUUGAACCUGUAUAAGAGUGGGGAGUACCUGCAGAACACAACCCGGGUGCCGAAAGCUGAGUACAGACGGGUGCCUGAAGCCUUCAUUCCUGAUGAGAACUACAGAUGCUGGCCAUCCUACCAUCACAGGGGCUGCCUCCUGUCCGUGUUUGAUGUCAAUGAAGCCAUUGAGAUCUGUGACAGCUACUCCCAGUGCAAAGCUUUUGUCCUCACUAACCAGACAACUUGGACAGGUCGACAGCUUGUCUUCUUCAAGAUGGCCUCAAAUCAUAUUGUUCCUGAUCCUGACAAGAUAACAUAUGUGAAGGUGACAGACUGACGCCCAAAGUGGCUCAGUCUGACACGUGAGUGAUAAGAGCUGUUUGUGUAUAAAUAUAGGCAGCUGUUAGGUAGAAGGCGGCUGUGGCUGGAGAAGUAAUUGCACUAUUACUCAUUCUAAUCUAUAGAGUGCUAAAGGAAACUUUAAAGAAAUAACCUGCAUGACCAGGAUGAAUGUGCAAUAAAACAAGAUUUUGAAAAUGUGAUUUAAAAACAAAGCAAAACAACCCAAAGCAAAGUACAAGAGAUGCUACACUGUUAGAGUGUAAUUUUGGUUAUAAAUCAGCUGGCAGUUCUGGCUUUUCUAACCAAGGUUAGCAUAACAUUUCUGACCUAUACAUGUGUGUCCAGGGAUGAAAGCUGAUAAUUUCUCUGGGAAGCCUGUAUCCUCCAAACUGAUAUUUAUUUGGGCACGUACAAUCACAACAGAGGAACUGAAGCAUAUCAGUUUGUCUGCUGAAUGGCAAACAUUGCUGAGGACAGUCAGCAUUUGUGCUAAAGCUAUGGAAUAUGCAAUGCUGGCAUGUUUGUCCAACGGAAGGAGCUGCUUAUGUUUAGAAUUGCAAUUCUGCAACUAAUUUUCAUUUUUGCUUCCAAUGUUAUCAUAAAGUUUCAUUUUUAAUUUGAGAGAGCCAUUUUGUAGAUCUAGCAAAUCACAUAAGCAUAUGAAUAGUCCCACUGAAAGGGCAGGGACUUUCCCAAGUGCCGAGUGCUUUGCUGGAUAGGCCUAAGCAUAUGCUUACAAUUAAGCCUGUGCUUAAGACUUUUGUUGGGUCAGUUUGAAUUGUUCAGGAAGCCACAUCUUUGACAGACUGGCAAAGCAGUCCAGCUGGUUGAACAGUACUAAUUUAAUGACUGUCUUGCAGUUAUUCAUACCUUUUAUCAUCAGGUCCUUGGUUUUCUAAGGCAUUGCUUGCUGGUUCUUAGAGUGAAUGAAGUUAAUGACCUUAAUGAUGUCAAAUGAAUUCUAGCCUUAAUUCUAUAUAAAAUGCAUCCUAAAGGCAGGGUGUGUCUAGAGAAUUUGCUUUCAGUGAAAGCAAUGAAGUAAAUGCUAAAGUGACCAAUGUCAUAUUGUUUUGUAGUUUGUACAGUCAGGAA